UUAAAUAUGUAUAUUUAUUAAAAAAAACCCAUUUUCGUGCGAGCCGGUAGACCCGAUAAAAGUGUUAACCUCUCGCCUUCAUCUUAGUACAGUACACACGGAGAAAAAGAAAACCCAAAUCUCUGUUGUACACUGAGGAAAACGUCACUUGAAAAGCAGACAAAAUAUACACAAAAUGGUGAACAUUGUGGAUGGCGGCGCCAAGCAUGCGCCCCAGGAAAUGGAGCAGUUCCUGCCGGGCGAAGGAGGAAAAACAUACCAUAUACAACCACGCAAGGCGGACAACGAGCAGGCCCUGGGCAACAAUGAGUUCGAUCCGUUUGCACACCGCGACAAUGAGCAUCCCACGAGCGAUAAUGAAACGCUCACGCAUUUGCUUAAGGCCUCCCUGGGCACUGGCAUCCUGGGCAUGCCCAUAGCCUUCAUGUACUCUGGCAUUAUCAUGGGCAUCUUUGCCACCAUCUUCACCGCCUUUGUGUGCACGCACUGCAGUUAUGUGCUGGUGAAAUGCGGCCACAAACUGUACUACAAGACACGUCGCACCAAGAUGACAUUUGCCGAAAUUGCCGAGUCUGCAUUCCAGAAGGGCCCCAAGUGGAGCCGGGGCUUUGCCCCCGUGGCCAAGUUCUCGAUAUUGUUUGGCCUGUUCCUCACGUACUUCGGCACCUGUUCGGUGUACACCGUGAUUGUGGCUAAGAAUUUCGAACAGUUGAUCGAGCACUGGACGGGAACGGAAGUGUCCUCGCGUCUGCUCAUCUGCUCCCUGUUGGUGCCACUGAUCCUGAUUGCCUGGGUGCCGAAUCUCAAGUACCUGGCCCCCGUCUCGAUGGUGGCCAAUGUGUUCAUGGGCCUGGGACUGGGCAUUACCUUCUACUAUCUGACGCAGGAUCUGCCCCCGUUGGAGUCGCGUAAUUAUUUGGUGCUGGGCACCUUGCCGUCCUUCUUCUCCAUCACCAUCUUUGCGAUGGAGGCCAUCGGAGUGGUGAUGCCGCUGGAGAACAACAUGAAGACGCCACAGAACUUCCUCGGCCUCUGCGGAGUGCUCAGCCAGGGCAUGUCCGGCGUGACACUCAUCUACAUGCUUUUGGGUUUCCUUGGCUAUCUGCGGUACGGCGAGGACACGCAGCAGAGCAUCACCUUGAAUCUGCCCGUCCACGAGUGGCCCGCCCAGGCGGUGAAGGUCCUGAUUGCCUUGGCCGUUUACUGCACAUUCGGACUGCAGUUCUAUGUGUGCCUGGAGAUCGUCUGGGAUGGCAUCAAGGAGAAGUGCACCAAGCGUCCCAUGCUGGUCAACUAUGUGCUGCGCACUGUCCUGGUGACGGCUGCCGUUGUCCUGGCCAUUUCUGUGCCCACAAUCGCACCCUUCAUGGGUCUUAUCGGAGCCUUCUGCUUCUCCAUUCUGGGUCUGAUAUUCCCCGUGCUCAUUGAGCUGGUCCUCCAUUGGGACACUGGAUUCGGUAAAUACAACUGGAUUCUGUGGAAGAACAUUGUCAUCUGCAUCUGCGGCAUUGGCGCACUUGUCUUUGGCUCCCUUGCCGCUAUCCGAGAUAUUGUUGAAGUCUACACCGCAGUGGCACCCCAAUAAGUCGCCCCACCCUUUCCCCCCCGGCCAAAGGAGGUAGAGGAUUUGAGGAGGACUAGGAUGCCCCGUGCUAUAAUACCAAUAGGGUAUAGGAAUACUUAGGGAGAGCCGAAGCAGCGGGAGUGGCUCCGAUUCCUAGAAAUCAUCUAACUAUUGUUAGAUGUAAAAGAAACCUGCGCCCACGUUUUGUACAUUUUUCGUCUGUUGCUGUUUGUGUCUGUCUGUUGAUUAUUUCGGGACCCGUGGAAGCGUAUCUACAAUACACUAAAUAAGUGCCUAACUACUACAAACACACACAGCACCAACUAUGCCGUUUUAGCACGUUUAGAACGCUUGCACCCAUACACCCACACGUAAUGUAAGGUAGUUGAUAGGUCUGAAGGCAAGGAAAUGUCAUUUAGCAUGCAUUUAGUACAGAUCAGAGCAGACCGGAGAGCAGGUUGAAAUGAUUUCAAGUGAUCUCUUAAUGUUCCAAACGUUUCGGAAACAACUGAGAAACUGCAAAUGUACUAAAUGCACUUGAUGCGCAGGCAAACAUUUUCGAACUGUUUUACGUACAGUUUAGUACAGAGCUAAAAAACGAAGACAAACCAAAAAAGACUUACUUGCAAUCUCUUCAAUUACUUCCGUACCUCCUUGCCAACGCCUCACUCCCUCUCCCUCUCCCUCUCUCUCUCUGUUCUAAAAAAAGAGUAUUACGAAAGCAAGAAACCAAAAUUUGAAUUCAUCUUUCAUGCCACCAAUUUUUUUUUUUCCUUUUUUCACUCUGCUUUUUUUGUAUUUUGUUGUAGCAAAAAAAAUGUGUUGCCUACAUGAAUUUUUAGCAUGUUUUAGCUCGUAAGAAGCGUAAGAAAAUACGUUAGUUAGUGUGAAGAUGCUUUUGCAAAUCGGCUCGUAAUAUUGUAUGGCGGAUCGGCUGCUACAUUACUCAGAGAAUACCUAUUUUGAUAAAAAGGAAAGCCUAAAGCCUAAAGCCUGAAGCCUACAGCCGGGCGCAUAACAGAGUACAUGCAUACAUAAUACAUAAAUAAUAUUCAAUUGCCCCGAUAUUCACUGUACCAUGUAUAAACAAACAAUAUUUUAUUGUUGUUGUUGCAUACAGUUAUUUUUCUUCGUAUUUUAAUUGUAGCUUUAAAAACCAAUUACGAUAGCGAGAAACGAAACCUAUCGAAACCUAUUGAGUAAAAAUAAAAGUUGAAACAUUUUUUUAUAAAAGUCGGAUUAUGUCGCAUUUAAAUUCCUUUGAAGGCAACGAAGCAGAUCAGAUCAGAUCCGAUCCGAUCCAAUUUAUUUGUUAAACGUAGGCUUCUGUCAAUUGUUUAUACAUACUAUGUACGAUAUGUACCAUAUGUACGAGGAGUUCUAAUUAUAUAUCUGCCUAUAAAAUAAAAAGUAUUUAGAAUUGA